AUGCAAUCACAAUGUUAUAAUGAUUAUCGUUUUAUUUUAAAUUACCAAGACCAUCUUACAAAAUUUGUAUUAUUACGGUCUCUAAAGUCAAAACGUGCUGAAGAAAUUGCUAUAAAUGUAUUGGAUAUUUAUACUACUUUUGGGGCACCGUUAAUUUUGCAUUCUGAUAACGGACGAGAGUUUGUCAAUUCAAUUAUCACUAAUCUUAAUGAAAUGUGGAGUGAUGUAAAAAUUGUACAUGGCAAACCACGACAUAGCCAGAACCAAGGGUCGGUAGAACGUGCUAAUAGAGAUAUUGAAGCAAUCUUAGCUGCAUGGAUGACAGACAACAAUAGCAAAGAUUGGCCAACCACUCUCAAGUUUAUCCAGUUUCAAAAAAAUGGAGUAAAUCGGAGUAAAUCGGAGUAA